AUGGGUAUAAAGAGUCUGUACCAGAUAAUAUCGGAAAACGCCCCGGAUGCGAUCAAGGCGGGCGAGAUCAAGAACCAGUUUGGGCGCAAGGUGGCCAUCGAUGCGUAUGUAAAGACUGCACAAAGAUAUAGAGCGUCAACUGACGAGGAGCAGCUCACCAACGAGUCCGGCGAGACGACCUCUCACCUGAUGGGGAUGUUCUACCGAACCCUGCGCAUGGUUGACAACGGGAUAAAGCCGCUCUACGUCUUUGACGGGGCCCCUCCGAAGCUCAAGUCCGGCGAGCUGGCGAAACGGACGAUGCGCAAGGCCGAGGCGCAGGAGGCUGCUGAGGAGGCCAAGGAGACGGGCACGGCGGAAGACGUCGAGAAGUUCUCUCGCCGGACGGUCAGGGUGACGAGGGAGCACAAUGCAGAGUGCAAGCGGCUGCUCAAGCUGAUGGGCAUUCCCUACAUCGACGCACCUACCGAGGCAGAGGCGCAGUGUGCGGUGCUGGCCAAGGAAGGGAAGGUAUUUGGUGCCGCCUCGGAGGAUAUGGACACGCUCUGCUUCGCGGCGCCGGUGCUGCUACGGCAUCUUACCUUUAGCGAGCAGCGGAAGGAGCCUAUCCUAGAGAUACAUCUGGACAAAGUGCUCGAAGGCUUGGGGAUGGAGAUGACUCAGUUUGUCGACCUCUGUAUACUGCUUGGGUGCGACUAUCUCGACCCGAUCCCCAAGGUCGGCCCCAACACGGCGCUGAAGAUGAUCCGCGACCACGGCACGCUGGAGAAGGUGGUCGAGACCAUCGAGUCGGACCCCAAGAAGAAGUACGUCAUCCCAGACGACUGGCCCUACCUCCAGGCCCGCGACCUCUUCUUCAACCCGGACGUGCGGCCCGCCGACGCGCCCGAGUGCGACUUCAAGUGGACCGCCCCGGACGUGGAAGGCCUGGUCCGUUUCCUGGUGGAAGAGAAAGGGUUCAGCGAGGACCGGGUGCGCAACGGGGCCGCGCGGCUGACGAAGAACCUCAAGAGCGCCCAGCAGUCGAGGCUGGAGGGUUUCUUCAAACCCGUGGCCAAGACGGAGCAGCAGAAGGCCACCGCGAAAAGAAAGGCAGAGGAGAAGGCCGAGCUGGCCAAGAAGAAAAAGAAGGAAGACGCAAAGGCGAAGAGGGCCAUGGGAGCAAAGCCCAGGGGAGCCAGAUAG